AUGAUGAAGUACGCCCUUUCGCCGCUCGCCUUCACCCUGGGCGCCUCAGCCGUCGCCCUCAAGCGCUCGGACUGUUGCUUCCAGCUCACCGCGUCCGGUGGUGCGUCUGGAAGCGUUGGCCAGCUUAGCGAUGGCCAGAACCGCGUCGGUGGCGGUUACCAGGCGGCCACUUACUGCCUCAACAACGGUGGAAUCACCGACUCCAACGGCCGUGGCUGCAUCCUCACGCCUCCGACGACGCAGUUCCAAUGCGAUGAGGGAGCAUCCCCUACCACUGGCUUCUCGGUCGGCGAGAAUGGUCAAGUCACCUACAAGGGUGACAACCAGUUCUACGCCUGCCCCGCUGACGACGGCGAAUACAACAUCUACACCGAGCCCGUCGAUGACCAGGACAAGUGCGUCAAGAUCACUCUGAGCACUGAGGGUGGCAAGUGCGCUUCCGGUGGUGGUCAGCCUUCCACCCCCGCUGCAUCCACUCCCGUCCCAGUCUCGCCCAGCAGCGCUCCUCCGGCACCGAGCACUCCGGUCGCCAGCUCGCCUGAGGUCGUCACUACCAUGACCCAAACGCACUACACGACCACGUGCCCGACUUCCGAGUCCAGCGCUCCUCCGGCAGCCAGCACUCCCGCCCCGGUCGUGAGCUCCUAUGCGUCCACCCUUCCGCCGGUUGAAUCGCCGCCGGCUACGACUAUGACGUACACCACGUCCCACACGCAGACGGCCACCUCAGUCUACAGCGUCACCUCCACAGCCGGCGGAACCCCCUCGACCCCCUCCAGCUCCGCCUGCCCCACCGACCUCGCCGGUGACUACCAGUACCCGCACCUAAUCGUGCCGGUCAACGCUUCGACGCCCUCACAGUCGUACGGCACGCAGUACAACGGCCGAGUCAACACCUCGCCCCAAGUCUGCACGCUCUUCAACUUCGACAUCCCGCAGUCGUACGCCGGCAGCACCUGCAGCGCCGUCUUCCUGCUGCCGCACAAGGACGAGCUGGAGACGUCCGACUACGACCUGACGCCCGCCAGCGGCGGCAAGGUCUCGUUCGCGCUGCUGGAUGCGCCCGCUGACCAGGCGACGGCGUGGGAUAGCGUGCCUGCGAAGAAGCAGGACUUUGGUGGUUUUGACAUUGCUGCUGGUACGCGGUUUGUUGUUGCGACUGCUGAGUGCCAGGCGGGCCAGACGAUCGCGUAUGAGAUGUGUGCGCAGGGCGGGGAUCUGAGCUUCGAGUGGUUCCAGGAUUGGAACCCUAGCCCUAUCGGUUUGUUCGUUCGGAAGUGCUAG